AUGGGUCCAGACGCAGCGGGCUCUCUGCCCACUGUCUCAUACAGGAUCAUCGACGACGACAGCUCCCUCCUGCAGCCAGCGGGCGUCCAGUCUGAACAGAGCAGAUCCUAUGGGUUCAAUGAUUACUCUGAUUUUGAACGUCCUGAACACUACAUCCGCUAUAUAGAACCCAUAGAAUCGGAGCUCUCUGUACAAGUAGAGUAUGACAUGGAUGAGCAAGAUCAGGUAUGGCUGGACGCGCUGAACGUGGAGAGAAAGAAGGAUCAGUGCGGACCGAUAUCAUAUGAGGUGUUUGAGAUUAUCAUGGACAAAUUGGAAAAGGAGUGGUUCAACCUGUCCAAACGUAUACCAAAACCCGAUCACUCUCUUCCCGCAGAAGACUCGAAAUGUUCUGUUUGCGAUGAUGGCGAAGGCGAAAACUCCAAUGCCAUUGUCUUUUGCGACGGCUGCAAUCUCGCCGUCCACCAAGACUGUUACGGCGUGCCGUAUAUUCCGGAGGGGCAGUGGUUGUGUCGCAAAUGCACGGUAUCGCCAGAGAAUCCUGUUUCGUGUGUAUUCUGCCCAAACGAGGGAGGGGCUUUCAAACAGACCACGACCGGUCACUGGGCACACCUUCUCUGUGCUAUCUGGAUCCCCGAAACCUCCCUUGGCAACGCCAUCUACAUGGAACCCGUCGAGGGCUUGGAGCACAUACCAAAAUCCCGAUGGAAACUUGUCUGUUCCCUAUGUAAAGAAAAAGUCGGGGCGUGUAUACAGUGCGACAACCGGAAUUGCUUCACUGCCUUUCACCCCACCUGUGCUCGGCAAAUGGGCCUUCUCCAAACGAUGAAGUCGCUCACCACAGACGGCGUACUGAGAGCGUAUUGUCAUAGACAUCUCCCUGUUGAGGAAGCGGAUGUACUGCAGGGGGAUGGGGAAGGUAGGGGUGAAGAGUGGGACGCACGCUCUAAUCUCGAUCAUGUUCUACCUCCCCCGGCAAAAGCUCAAGGCAAGCGUUCGCACAAAAAAGGCGCCUCCAAUAGGUGCAUCAGGACGCCAAAGGCCCCAAUCAUAAUCGCGCCUUUGACAAAGAAAUCAGCUCAGGCUCACUCCAAAUCUUUUCGCCCUGGCCCUCCUGUCAUUCCCAAGAUGAUUGUCAACAGAAUCCUGGAUUAUGUCGGAAAGGUGCAGUUGAGAAAGAAGCCGGCGGUGGUAGAGAUGAUAAGUAGGUACUGGAGUCUAAAGCGGGAGAUGAGAAGAGGGGCGCCGUUGCUGAAGAGAUUGCACUUGGAGCCUUGGACGGCGUCGACUACCGCCAAAACGCAAACUGAAGCGGAAAAGACACUCAAGCUCAAGUUCCUCCAGCUUGUUCGGAACGACCUUGAGAAGGUUCGAAUGCUCGCAGAGCUCGUGCGAAAAAGGGAAAAGGAAAAGCUGCGACAGGUGCAGGUCAUCAAGGAUCUGGUGGACGGGUUCAUCUUCCCCAACGGUGAUAGGAUGAGAGUUACUCUGGAGAAGAUUUCUGCUCUGGACCGCAGAGAACUGUUUCUCAACCCAGUAACGGAAAUAGAGGCGCCGGAUUACUUUAAGAUCAUCAAAGAACCACGCUGCUGGCUCUACAUAGACGACAAGCUGGAACGCAAUCUUUACAUUGAUAUCGCAGAGUUCAAGGCAAAUGUCACGCUCGUCAUGGACAACGCGAUGACCUACAACGGCCCCGACACUCCCUUCUACCGAGCUGCGGAGAAGCUGAAGAAGUCUGCCGAGCCACUUUUGGCAGAGCUGGAUGAUAUCUCUGCUGUCUACCAAGCCGCCUUACCCCCUCGUGCUCUGGAAAGCGUCAACGCAGGAGAAAAGUGGCCGGUGGGAGAUCUAGAGGCGUCGUUGGCAAGACUCUCACCCUUUUUGAACCCCACUCCUGUGCCUUCCCGGCCGGACGCCCCUCAAGACUUGCUCAGCUCCUUAUUUGCCACCGAACUUGCCCCGCCUAAACCUCCCACACCCUCUCCCUCCCCUGCACCGAUAACACGCAAAGGGCCCACGGUUGAAGAACGAAAAGCCAAAUGGCGAGUCCGCGAAGCGGAAGACAGGGAACAAGGUCUGGUCAGAGCCACGAGGAACAGGCAGAAACUGGAGCUGGACUUCGCAAAAGAGGCAGGCUUGGGGCUGGCAUCACCGGGGUCUGGAGUAGCGAAAGAUGGCGAGGGUGAAGCCUUAAUGAUCGGCACUGCCAUAGCGCAGAAUGAGGAGGGAAAGACAGUUCGAAGGAGCACAAGGGGAGGUGAGAUUACCGAGAGCCCCAAGUUUACGCCCAGGAAGAGGGAUAGAAGGCCAAAGGUCAACCACACGCCCGCACCAACAUCAGCUCUCGCCUCUGCUCCUACCACAGCGACCCCAACUGAAGCCGCCCCCCAAUCAGCCACUCGAGCCUCUUCCACCUCUCUCUCCUCCACUCAUCCCGACCUCAAGCCCCUCGCGCGACCCCAACAAGGUGUGGUGGGGCUGGAGGCUAUUCCCAUCAUGUCUGACCGCGAACGCAGAGAACAGGAGCUUGCCUUGGCACUCGAGCUAGAGGGGACUGAUGUGGGCGGUUUGGAUCAGUUCAAGAGAUUCAAUGUAGGAUGGGUAUUGCCGGAAGGGAAGACUCAAGACGUCGAAGAAGUCUCAUCCCAGGCUCAGCCCGCUGCUGGGCCAUCCAAAGUGGUUGAGCCAGCCCCAGCGCCAGCCGACGACGAAAGCGACCUUUCCCCUCCUCCCCCUGCACGAUCGCAAGCGGGCACACCCCAAGCUGGUACGCCCAGGACAACCAGGAAGAGGGGCGGCGUGGUGUAUGUGCCGGACAUGGACCUCGACCCCGAGGAUAUGUUGAGAAGGAGGACAUCGAGACCGAAAGGACAAGGAAAAGGCAAGGAGAAGACGGUGGAGACACCACUGCCAGACCAGGUCGAUAUUCCGCAGGCGGGAGUUGAGGAGGGGGCGGCGUCGAUACACCCGUCCAGGAAGAAGAAGCUUCCCCCGCCUCCGGCAAAGACGAAGAGAAAGGUGAAGGACCCGUUCCCACCAGGAACGCUCGUAUGGGCCAAAGUCUACUCGUUUCCUCAUUUCCCCGCAGAGAUAGUCGACCUUGACGAUCCCGAUGACCGCUCGGAAGUGCCCGACCCCGUGCUCGCUGAAGAAGCUGCGGCCCGCAAGGCUGCAGAACGAAACGAUACACGAGUUUGGCUCGUGAGAUUCUACGAUUCGAGCAGUAGUUAUGGGUGGAUUGCGGAAGACAAGUUGGAUGAUCUGGGGGAGAGUGAUGAAGUGGACGGAAUGUACCUUUCUGGCAAGAUGAACAAAUUCAAAUCGCAACAUAUGAAAAAGAUGUGCAAGAAAGCAUACCGGUAUGUACCUCGUAGAUUGACGUCGUGA